AUACCCAGAGUUCCCUGCGGCCAUGCCACUCCCAUUAGUAGUAUGGCAGCGGUGAACUUUAACCUGAGAGUUUUCUUCGGUUGUCUGAGGAAUGAGACAAAUGAUCAGAUUCCUUCGCUGCUCGCCGACCCACUGACAUAAUCAUGGGGAGCACUCUGGUCAAAUGUGCCGCCACCGACCUGGGCAUCCAGUGGGCCGGCUGGGCUCUGGCUGCAGCUUUCAAAACCGAGAAGUUUUACGACUUGGCAGGAUCUGGCACUUUUAUACUACUUGCUCACCUGAGUCGUAUCUGGGGAGGAGCCAGUCACGUCCGUCAGAAGGUACAGACCGGGUUGGUGACAGCAUGGGGACUCAGGCUGGGGACAUUCCUCUUCAUGCGGAUUUUGAAGGACGGUCAUGAUCGCAGGUUCAACAAUGUCAGAGAUAGCCCUGGGACUUUCUUUGUAUAUUGGACUAUUCAAGCCUUGUGGAUAUUUAUGACCCUCCUGCCAACCCUCAUGCUGAACAGUGAGAAGCAUGGUGUGCCUCUGGGAGCGAGGGACGGUAUUGGCUGGGCUGUAUGGGGUCUUGGCUUCGCUACUGAGGCUAUUGCUGACCAGCAGAAAUGGCUUUUCAAGAGUGACCCAGAUAAUGCUGGGAAGUUUAUCCAGAGUGGACUAUGGGCCUACAGCAGACACCCGAACUAUUUUGGAGAGAUCCUGCAGUGGUCGGGUCUCUGGCUUUCAGCCUCAUCAGUGAUGCAGGGACCCCAGUACCUGAGUUUGGUGUCGCCUCUCUUCGUGUGGUUCCUGCUACGUUACGUCAGCGGCAUCCCCAUCCUGGAGAAGCAAGCCAUGAAGAAGUGGGGAUCUGACCCAGCCUUCCAGGAGUACAUCAGGAACACUCCUCUUCUCUGGCCAUUGCCAAAAUGUUGAUGUUACAUAUUUGUUAUAAUGUUUUAACAUUUUCUCAAUUGUUAAUAACAAUCACCUCCACACAAAGAAGGUAUACACAUUCAAGUCUUUUGAAAAUUUUUAAAUUAGUGUGCAGUUGUAAUUUAAAUCUUGUUAUUUUGUGAAAUUAAUUAGUUAAUCAUACCUAACCUUUACAUAAUAGCCUUCUCUGUAAGAUCUUUGUGGCAUGUCAUAAUUGAGAGCUAAUAGGGGCAUUCUAGUCAAGGCCAUCUGUGUCAAACUUAAACAACCGAGGAGACACCGCUAAAGCUGCCGGUUUCCUUCAUUAAAACCUGUGUCUGACAA